AUGCGCUGUUUUUCCUCAAUUGCUCAGAAAAGCACCAAAAGCAAGUGGGUUUGUGGGAGGGAAUCGCGUGAAGCGUUCCACGAGCCAAGAAGCCACGACCUUUUCUCGCCCCAGCAGGGUCCCUGCGGGAGCCUCAAGGAGCCGGUUGCCUUGGACGGAUUUGCCACGCCCCCAGAGGCCGCGCUCGUGCAGGCCACGCCCCAUGCAGGCCACGCCCCCAGAGGCCGCGCUCCGCAUAGACCACGCCCUCAGAGGCCACGCCCCCUAGAGCUCGCGCUCCGCGCAGGCCACGCCCCCAGAGGCCACGCUCCGUGCAGGCCACGCCCCCUACCACGCCCCCCGACGCGGCGCUACGUACAGACCACGCCCAUAGAGGCCACGCCUCCUAGAGACCAUGCUCCGUGCAGACCACGCCCCCUGCAGGCCACGCCCCCAGACGCGGCGCCGCCCACGCCCCUCACUCGUGGCCCCGCCCACAUACGGCCCCUCCCUCGUAGCCACGCCCACUUCCGGCUAGUCACGCCAUCCCUCGCGGCCACGCCCACUUCCCCGUUAGCCACACCCCUCCCCCGUGACCCCGCCCACGCCGGCCCCCUCCCGACUAGCCCACACCCUCGUGGCCCCACCCACUUUUCGUUAACCACGCCCCUCCCGCGUGGCCCCGCCCACUCCAGGCUACCUCAGGCCCCUCGUGACCCCCACCCACUUUCAGUUGGCCACGCCCCUCUCGCGUCCCCGCCCACUCCCUGCCGAGCCAUGCCCCUAGUGGCCACGCCCUCAUCGUGCGAGCCCCGCCCUCGAUGCCCCGCCCACUUUCAGUUGCCACGCCCACCCCUCGCGCCCCCUCCCAAUCCCGGCGGGCCGCGCCUUCGUGGCCCCGCCCACUUUCCGUUAGCCACGCCCAUCCUGGCUCCGCCCAGUUAUGCCCCGCCACGCCCCUCCCCCGUGACCCGCCCACUUCCGCCGACCACGCCCCCUUGGGGCCCCCGCCCGCUAUUCGUCAGUCACGCCCCGCCCACUUCCGGUCCCGCCCUCUCCUCGCUCAGCCCCGCCCAUGUGGGCCCCGCCCACUGUCCCGUAGCCACGCCCCUCGCUCGCGUCCCCCGCCCACUUCCGGCCCCCGCCCUCUUCUCGUUCAGCCACGCCCAUGUGGGCCCCGCCAACUGUCCCGUAGCCACGCCCCUCGCUCUGCCCCCGCCCGCUUCCGGCCCCGCCCUCUUCUCGCUCAGCCCCCACCCAUAUGGCACCGCCCACUGUCCCGUAGCCACGCCCCUCGCUCGCGCCCCCGCCCACUUUCGGCCCCGCCCAUGUGGGCCCCCCACUGCCCCGCAGCUACGCCCCUCGCUCGCGCCCCCGCCCGCUUCUCGCUCAGCCCCGCCCACGUGGGCCCCGCCCACUGUUCCGCAGCCACGCCCCUCGCUCGCGCCCCCCGCCCACUUCCGGCCCCGCCCUCUCCUCGCUCAGCCCCGCCCGUGUGGGCCCCGCCCACUGUCCCGUAGCCACGCUCCUCUUUCGCGCCCCGCCCAUUUCCGGCCCCGCCCCCUUCUCGCUCAGACCCGCCCACUGCCCGUAGCCACGCCCCCCCGCUCGCACCCCCCGCCCACUUCCGCCAGCGACGCCCCUCGUGGCCCCGCCCACUUUCCGUUAGCGGCGUCCCUCCCUAGUGCCCCCGCCCACUUCCACUAG